AUGAUGCUGGACUUACCUGCGAUUACCAGAAAGUGUUUGCGAGGGAACCUUGGAGAAGUCUUGAGAGAAGUACGAAAAGUGCCGAAAGAGAGCAUAGAUAAGUCUUUUAUGCAAUUCUAUUUGGCCCAGUCCACAAAAUAUGUUCACUGGCCGUCUAUAUCAUUCAUCUGGAACACUUUUGUAGUACGACGGGAACUUAUGGUGGUGAGGCCUAAUAUCUUGGCGGAUAUAGCCAAAAUAUCGGUUCAUGAAAAUAAAUAUGGAUUUACGCGGACAGUACUACGGCAUUACAACCGCUAUUACAUUUCUCAACGUGGUAUAAGGUGGGAUGGCUACCGGUACUUGUUGUUAAACGCUCACAUUGAGAUAUAUGCGAAAAGGCCGAACACAAAAGCCAACUUCAAGAAGAAAUGGCAUGCCUACAUUGUCGAGCUUGACAAUGAGCUCACGCACUAUCCUGUUUCGGUGUAUGAUUUCCCAAACUUAACGGCUUCAAUGCGUAAUAUACCUAUUGAAAGGUUGAAAAAAUGGCUAUUGAACGAUUGUAAAGAAGGCUCCAUGAACCCAUAUUCAAUGCCCAUGCUUCUCAACAUGAUCUUGCUGCAACCGCAUGUCUCCGGGGCCGAAAAAAUUGACGUGUUCAAAGAAUUCGUCCAGAAAACAUCGGUAGAUUUAUCUCGAUACCUCCAGGACUCUGUUCAAAUCUUGUUUCACGAAUGUGACGGAGUGUCCAUGAGAGAUUUAGUAGAGGAGCUGCAAGCCUUACAUAUGACUUUUGAUGAAAAGACUACAAGGAAACUUCAGUCUCUGGGACUUCUAGAAUAA